AUGAUUAUUAUUCUUGCGUUUGAUGCCCAAUAUCGUGAAGAUAAACGUUAUAAACGAAAUCGCGCAUUGAGACCAUCAACAUCAACGGAAUUUGAACGACUAAGUUUAGACGACGAGCAUAACAAUUAUCUUGAAAUGCCAAUAUCAAGUUUAGCUGGGCAAUGGCCUGGUCAACAUCGAAUGACCGAAACCACAAUACGCAACACUUCUGCUCGUUUAGGCGAUUCAUCGUUUCCGUCAAAUCGAAAGCCAUUAUCAACAAAACGGAUAACGUAUUAUUCAGAUGAAAAUGAUCCAGAUCGACCGGGAACAUAUGAUACGACUAAACGUUCAAGUGCUUAUCCAUAUGAUUCAAGAACAAUAAUAUCUACAGAAAAAGAAAAAAUUCCGAAUGGUUAUUCAGAUAGUAAUCGAAUAACAUCUCGUUCUGCUGAAUCUCCAGUAACUACAAUGAUUAACAUUCAUUCACCCAAAGCUCGACAAAGUCCCACAGCAACAACAAUUAUUCAAACAUCCGAUAUUGUCACUCCAACUUCUCCCAAUGUGACAGUAACUCAGUCACGUCAGAUUGUGCCUCCUACUCCACCAGUUGUUGUUAAAGUCGAUCAAACACCUUUAGUUUCCACCGUCACUACAACUAGUCAAGUACUGCCACCUUCGGUUUCCACCGUCACUGCAACUAGUCAAGUACUCCCACCUCCUGUUCCAAUACGUCCAUAUUAUAAUCCCCCUUACCGUUUACCAUACCAACCACCACCCGGCCGCUUUUGGCCAAAUAUGUAUCAAUUUCGGCAUAUGUCUCAACAACCUCGUUAUCAGUUUAUUCCGCCAACAGUAAAUUUGACUACAAAUGAACCGCUAGAAACUGUGAAAACCACCAACGUCAUAAAUACCAAUCCAACUGUAAACGAUCAGACAGUUCUGAGAACGAAUAAUGCCCCAUUAACAACCGUGGAUGAGAUGAAAACAUUAAUCACAGCUCCAAAUCCAGCAGUAACGACUGUUGUUACAGAUAAUAUUGACAGAAGACACACAGGAUUAGUAACUCGACGAAUAAAAAAAGGACGUGGUCGCCGUCGUGUUCGACGUUUUUCUGCAGCAAGCACAACAUCGUCGUAUUCAACUUACACCACUAGUUCAGGUACGUUGACAAGUGCACGAUCACUCACACCUCGACCACACCUGGUUCAACACGUAGCCCCGCAGCCAAUUAUUACUCAACCCAUUCAACAGCAAAUUAUCCAAGAACCGUUGACGACCAUAGUACCUCAUCGUCGAAUAGUUCAUCGUGUAAAGCGAGCAAAAACUCACAGUGGCUACUAUAGUUCAGAUUUAGAUUACGGUCAUCGUAAAGUGUAUAAAAGUGAUUAUAAAUAUCGUCACUAUUAUUGUUGUAACUGGUGUAAAGGUCGAUGGGAGUUAUCCAAUCGAUCAUGUGGCUGUUGUGAAUGGUUUUAUGGAUGUCCGCUGUGGACACUUAUAUUUCUCACACUAUUGCUCUUAGCAAUAUUUGUAACUUUUUUUACCCUAUUAGGUUUACAACCAAGUAUAAAUUCGAAUCGUCGUUCAGAGACAGCACAAAAUCGUUUAUUAAACAGAACAGCGAUUGUCUACGGUUUUGUACAGAAUUGUGGUUCUGGAGCCACGGGUCCAACAACAACAUUACCAUUGUGUAUAAAUACCGGUUUAACAAGUACAGUUAAACAACAAUUAUCAUCCUACUUUAUUUAUUUAAAUAAUUCUAAUCCAAGAGGCGUUUCAUGUGACGCUAAAUUAGCUUUAGUUCAAAAAGUAUUUAUUCAUCAGUAA